AUGGCCGCCCGCAUCCUGCACCGCCUGCGGCACGCGCUGGCCGGUGAAGGCGGCCGGGAGGAGCGGGCGCAUGGCGGCUCCGAGGCUGAGGACUGCCCGGAGAGCUCGGAGCUGGAGGACGACACGGAGGGGCUGUCGACGCGCCUCAGCGGCACCCUGAGCUUCACCAGCCACGAGGAGGAGGAGGACGAGGACGAGGAGGAGGAGGACGGUGCUGGAGAGGAGCUGGGGGAGCCGCCGCAGCCAACGGGGGCGGCAGCGGGUGCAGAGGACGGAGGCAGAGCCCCGUCCCCGCGGCGGGCGGGCUGACACCCUUCUCCCGGCGCAGAGUGGGGCCCGGCGGCGGAGCGCCCCGGCGGCAGCCUGCUGACCCGGCAGCUGCAGGAGCUGUGGAGGAAGUCGCGGGGCAGCCUGGCACCGCAGCGGCUGCUCUUCGAGGUCACCAGCGCCAGCGUGGUCAGCGAGCGCUCCUCCAAGUACGUGCUCUACACCAUCUACCUGAUCCGCUCCGGCCGCUUCGACAAGGCCCCCGCCACCAUCGCCCGGCGCUAUUCGGACUUCGAGCGGCUGAACCGCCGCCUGCGCUGCCGCUUCGGCUGCGACAUGGCCGGCGUCGCCUUCCCCAGGAAGAGGCUGCGCCGGAACUUCACCGCCGAGACCAUCGCCAAGCGGAGCCGAGCCUUCGAGCAGUUCCUGUCCCACCUGCACUCCAUCGCCGAGAUCCGCCGCUCCCCCGAGUUCCUCGAGUUCUUCUUCCUGCAGGACCUGCAGGCCGCGCAGCGCCUGACCUGCACCGGCAUGUACCGCGAGGCCCUGGCCACCUGGGCCAACGCCUACCGGCUGCAGGACCGGCUGGGGGUCUGCGGCUCCGGCCGCUUCCUCCUGACGCUGGCCGGGCUGGCCGUCUGCCACCAGGAGCUGGACGAGCUCGGCGAGGCCCACGGCUGCUGCGAGCAGGCGCUGCAGCUGCUGGAGGCCCAAGGCAGCCACCCGCUGCUGGGGCCCUUCCUGCAGGCCCACGUCCACCUGGCCUGGAAGGUGGGCAAGGACAAGCGGCGCUCGGAGGCCCGGCUGCAGGACCUGCGGGAGGCCGGGCCGCCCCUGCAGCAGCAGCCCACCCUGAAGGAGUGCCUGAUCAAGGAGCCUCUGGAGUGAGCGUCCCGCCGCUGGCGCCCGCGCUGGCAGGAGGGCAGGGGGCCGCGUGGGGCUCGUGCCCGGGGCGGCCGGCAGCAGCGAGGGCGAU